AUGGUGGGGGGAGGGAGGGAGGGACGGAGGCGGAAGUGCUGAUGGGGGGCUCCAGGGGGCGCGCGCGGGCUGCCUCCGCGUUCCGAAGGCGAAUGCUGGAACGUUUGAGUCUCCAUGGCAACGCGACGCUUCCCCUGCCGGACAGCAGCGCGCUGAUCCGGGCGGAGAGGGCCGGGGCUGCGGCCGGCCUGGGAGCGGAGGCGGCGAGAACCCCCCGCAGCCCCCCAGCGCGCCCCGGCAUGCCGCUGAAGGUGGUGGUGGAGCUGCAGAUCCACGCGGUCACUUGCCCUGGUGUGGUCCUGCCAGAGAAACAUGACAUUUACCUCAGUGUCUGCAUCAUGGGCCAAUACAAGGAGACAGAAUGCCUUCCUCCAAUUUUCCCUCUCUUGUUUCAUGAGAAGAUGUGGUUUGAAAAGGUAUUUGAAAGUGCUGUAGACCCUGCUGCUGUAACAGAGAUGCUUGAAAGCAAUAUAACAACGUUUGGAUUACUUCAACUAGUAUCUUCAGUGGGAGACUAUCUCGCUUUUUAUGAAGAGAAUACUCGAGAUUUUCUCUUCCCAGAGCCCAAGCUGACUCCUGUGUAUCCUGGUGUGGAGAGAGAGUUACUAAUGAAAACGUCUCCUAGUUUCCCAGGAAUUGCACCAAAAAUUGAGUUUUCCACAAGAACAACCAUUACUGAGCUUCCACUUCAAAACAGAAAGCAGUUUUAUCAGGGCAGAAACAGAAUGAGGACACAAAGAUCUGCAUCUGUAUCACCCAGGCGAAGGAGCAUUUCCCCAGCACGAUGUAAGACAACAAAGAAAAAGGAUAAUAAGAUCUGUAAGAGCCUUACAAGAUUAUUAAGAUCCCGCUCUCCAUCUCCAAAUGCUACAAAGCACCUAUGUCAGCUCUGCAAAGAAAACCAACUGCAGCAGUCAAGGUUAAGCCUGGGGUCUGUUGGAUACAAACUGGAUGCUGAAACCAGGCCGCCAUUUGUUGUUAGACAUGUAGACAGUUCUAACCCAUUUGGUGAAAAAACUUCAUCACAGUUACCUUAUCGAAAUCCAAAACAAAAUGUGAGCUCAGCAAGGAAUUCGCUUGAAUUUCAAUUGAAACAAGCUUUAUCUUUUGAUAGCUGUGAAGCAUCAAAUGCCUCAGUUAAGGUUAUCAGGGAACCGGAUGAACAGACCACAUCUGAACAUGAUUCAUCAUCUCUUGAAACAGAUGAACUUGUAAAUUACCCUGGCAGUUCUCCUACUCAAGGAGAUUUGACAUUUCACCGCACAGCAUCAUUUGCCACCUCCCCACAUUACAGAUCACCUAGUCCUGUUCGGAGUCACUCUCCUCUGCAACAAAGGUUAUAUUCCAAUCCUCAUUUCAGUUGGGAAAAGAUCCACAAGAGAGUGCAGAAUCUCCUAACCUCAAACCAGGCAAAGCAGAGACUUUCCUUUGGAGCCACUGAUCCUGAAAUUGAUGAUGUCCUUGAAAGAAGGUCCAUCUCUUUGAGGAGUUCCCCUCAGGAUGACUCAUUGGAGCAAAGAUAUUACUAAGUAGUUGUCAUCAGAAAGGUUUGCCAGUCGUUACCAGCUGAGAUCACUUUUGUGAUGGAGACAUGUCUUCUCAGAACUGGACAGAGACCACCAAAGUCAUUUCACAUACUGCAAGUCACCAAAGCACCAUCAGAUGGAAUGGCGUUUAGUCAUUACUGACCAGGGCUGGAUAUGAACAGCUGUCUCAGGGCAGUGCUGAAUUCAAGGAGAAUUCUUCCACUGUAAAUAUUAAAUUUGUUGAAAUACAUUGAUGCAACUAAAGCAUUUGGAAAAAAUUGCCCAAAAUAGUUGCUAAUAUCCUACAUGAGCCAUUGACAGAAUGAUUUAUUCUGCCUUUUUAUUAAUGGAAAGUCCGUUAAAUGGGAAUGUUGCAUCAAUUAUUCUUAUCACGAAGCCUGGCAACCUCUAGGAAAUUUCAAAUUAUCAGAUAAUUUCACUUCUGCCUAAUAUAGCAAAUCUUCAGAAAAUAUAAUUUAAUAAAAAUUAUGGCAUUUGUAAGUACUCAAAACAUUUCCAGUUGUCAUCGCUUGGCAUGAGUCCAGCUUGCUGCACUGGUUACUCUUCUCAUGAAAGUGACUGAUGAUAUUUUUUGGCUAUGGAGCAUGGUAAGAGGAAAGCUGCAAUCUUUUGUAGAAUUAUCUAAAAAUGAGCCUAUUAAACACAAUAUUUAAUUCUAAAAAUUACAGAAUUUAGCUUUCCUCAAAAUAGCCUUGCAUUGGCUCUACUCUUAUCUUUCCAACAGAAAACAGGCAGUGGAAAUAAAAGGCCUGAUCCCGGCCCCAUUUCAGGAAUGCACAUAAGCAUUCCCUGAAUUGGGACCCUGAUAGAUGCUGAGCACCUGCAGCUCUCAGAUCUGACCCAAUUGGUGUGGACCUGAUCCUCUCAUGACAUGACCUCAAAUUUGACAAUCAGCAUAAUUAAUGACAUAAUCCAGUUUAAACCCUCAAGAUAACUUUAGUGUCACAUUGCCUAUAUUUUUUUAAAAAAUCUUGGGUAAAGUCUACCAUUACCUCCAGGGGCAGAGAUUACCCAAAUGCUGAUUAUUACCUUUUGAUGGGGGGGAAAAGACCCUAAAACUACAGCUUAUCUGCAUAUUGAGUUCCCAUUUAAAUCAAUAUGAGUUGCAUCUGCAGUAUCCUGUGUAUUUAAUCUAUAUUCUUUUUUAAUUUUAUAGGAUUGUCUAUGUAUUUUCCUGUUGCUGCUUCUAAAUUCACACAGAGAUCCUUAUUUGAUUUUUGUGAUCCCCUUUUAGGUACUUGUAUACUGCAGUAAGAUUCCCUGUAAGGACCUCUCCUCCAGAUUGCAUAGCUUCAUCUGCUGUUUUAGCAAAGACCGUCCAUACCCGUAUCAGCUUAAUAACCCUUCUCUGUAUCUUCCACAGCUGAGUUUGUUCAAAAUAGAUUGGCUGAUCAGCAUGUGUUUCAACAUGAAUCAAAACAGCAGGAUUUGGCCUGCAAUCAGCAGUGAAAGGCUAAAUAAUAUUUUUAUAAAAGUCAUGCCAAAUUAAUAAGGCUAUGAUAAAACAUUAUGAGCCAAAUCCAUCCUCGUUCAACUCCACUGAAGCCAAUAGGGUUAUAGCCGAGAUACAUUUGGCCCUAUAUAUUAAUGUAUUCUAGGGUAUUUAUCUUUUAAGUUGCAAGUGUAUCGCCUGGUGGUGACAGCUUCUGCUGGAUAGCUUUUCUCUACCAAACCCAUGCCACUUCCACGUAAACUAACUGGCCACAUCAUAACAGCUUCUUCCCUUUGAGAGCCAUGUCACAAAAGUGCCAACUCCUUAUCUCUUAUUAAAAAAACCCAGAAUAAUUAAUUUACAUAUUGUUUAAAAAAACCCUCAUUACUAAUGACUCUACUAUAUCUUAAAAAUCACUCCAAAUCUCUCAUAACUUUUAUUAAGGCCUGUUCCUGCUGGCAUUGAUGCUAACAGGAGUAUUACCAUAGAUUUCAAUGGGAACUAGAACAGGUCCUAGCUGUAUAAUAAUUAAAAUAAUUUCCAACAGAGGAAAUAUGUUGAAAUUUUUAUUUCCUAAUUUAAGUGGUAAAAAAAUUGUACGCACUGCUUGUGGGAUUACCUGGAUGCAGACUUUUUGCAUUGGGCCUAUCUAGUAUGGUCCAACAGGGGUUUGUCCUGGGUCUGAUAUGAUUCAAUAUUUUCAUUAAUGACUUGGAUAACAGAGUGGAGGAUAUGCUUAUAAAAUUUGUGGAUGAUGCCAAGCUGAGAGGAGUUGCAAGCCCUCUGGAGGACAGAAUUAAAAUUCAAAAUGCCCUUGAUAAAUUGGAGAAUUGGUCUGAAAUCAACAAGAUGAAAUUCAGUAAAGACAAGUGCAAAGUACUAUACUUAGGAAAGAAAAAUCAAUUGCACAACUACAAAAUGGGGUAUAACUGGCUAGGUUGCAGUACUGCUGAAAAGGAUCUGGGGGUUAUAGUAGAUCACAAGUUGAAUAUAAAUCAACUAUGUGAUGCAGUUGCGAAAAAGGCUAAUAUCAUUCUGGAAUGUAUUAACAGGAGUGUCAUAUGUAAGACACAGGUGGUAACUGUCCCACUCUACUAGCAGUGGUGAGGCCUCAACUGGAGUACUGUGUUCAGCUCUGGGUGCCACACUUUAGGAAAGAUGCAAACAAGUUGAAGAGAGUCCACAGGAGAGCAACAAAAGUGAUAAACGGUUUAGAAACCUGGCCUGUGAGGAAAUGUUAAAGAAACAGCUCAGCAUGUUUAGUCUUGAAAAAAGAACACUGAAGAAGGACCCGAUAAUUGUCUUCAAAUAUGUUAAGGCCUGUUAUAAAGAGGAUGGUGGUCAAUUGUUCUCCAUGUCCACUGAAGGUAGAAUAAGAAGUAAUGGCUUUAAUCUGCAGCAAGAAGAUCCAGGUUAGAUAUUACAAAAAUCUUUCCAACUAUAAGGGUAAUUAAGCUCUGGAAUAGGUUUCUGAGGGAGGUUGUGGAAUCCACACUACUGGAGGUUUUUAAGAAGAGGUUGAAAAAACACCUAUCAGAGAUGGCCUAGUUAUACUUGUUCCUGUCUGAGCGCAGGGAAUGCUCUUCCAGCUCAGAGCAAGUGUUGUUUAAUAAUAGCAAUGGUGUUUAAGCUCCAGGAACAAACAGAAAAUUUGGUCCUGCUUACGCUUGCUCUAAAUUCUUUCCUUCCGAGAAACUGAGAAAUAAUAAUGUGUUAAGCAAAUAUUGUUUUGCUCAUGGAAUAGCAAAUUGUUCCACUAAAAAGAUUAUGCUGUUAUGUUGCCGAAUCAGGUUGGCAUUUUUUCUUUUCCAUAGUGUGAAAUGUGCAUUAACAAUAAUGAUAAAUGAAGGGUGAAGGACAGUAUAAUAUUUUAUUGCCACUCCUGCACUUUUGCAGAAUGACUCAUUAUAUAAUAUUGAUGUGUCAUACAUGUAGCUACUUUAAUAUAAUUGUAUUAUUACUGAUUUGUGCAGGCAAUGGGCUCUUUGCCACUCUUUACAAAUGGCGUAGAUGAAACUGGAGGGCUUUGUUCACCCACAUGCUAUUUGAAGGUUUAUUUUAAUGAAGACAUAAUGUAAUGAAGCAGAAUGCUUUUCCUGCAGAAGAUAAUGAUAGCGAAUGACAAGAGGGUUUUAAAGCUUAAAUCACUCAGUAACACAUAGAAAUGGAUGAGUGGGUGAACAUUAAUCUGUACUGUGCUGAGCAAGUUUGACAAAACAGGUUAACUCACACUCCCAAAAGACCUAGAGGCCAAAAUGGGGAAAGCUUUCAAAAAUUCUGGACUGCGAAGCAUACUAAAGAUAAUUACAGCCAUGUGGCCAAACUUUCAAUUUAUUUUCAGUACUGGCCAGGGCCCAUAAAAGUCAUGCUGGGCAUAGCUAAGCAAUGAUUUUGUAGCCAACUUUCAUGAUUUUUAUCAUAAGUCUCGCAAUAUUUGGUGUUUUUCUUAAAGCCUGAGGUCUUGGAGUUGCAUGAAUACAUGAGAAUCUCAGCUUCCAUUUUUUAAAAAAGUAAGUUUUAGCUCUUAUGACUGUAGAGAAAAGUUUAAAAAUGUAACCCCAGUGCACCUUAAAGACUGGAAAACCAGAAGGCCAAUAAAAAGAACUCAAAAUUUAGUAUGUUUUAGAAAUCUCAUGGUUUUUAAGAUAGCCUUAUUGUUCUUUAGGGACUAACUCAUGGUUUUGUUAACAUUUGGCGUUGGCAAUAUUUUAAUAAACACAUCCU